AAAAUAUGAAAGGCUUAGAAAUGGUGGUGACGUCUUUCUCUUCAUCGCCGCCUAUCUUCUUCUUCUCCCUUGCAUCUGAUCCUCAAGUUUCUUCUUCCACUCUCCAUGGACGUUUUACGCUUCCUUUGACUCCUUCUUCCUCUUCUCUAGUAAAGGGAGUAAGAAGACACCAAGAUGCAACAAGAGCCAGAGGUGGAGCAGUUCGAGUCCUAGCUAAUCCAAAUGCGUCAUCUCCUCCUCCUGGAAAAGUAAAGGCAAAAAAAGAGGUAAUCAUGGUAGACCCUCUUGAGGCCAAGAAAUUAGCAGCCAAGCAAAUGGAAAAGAUCAAAGGCAGAGAGAGGCAACAGAGAAGGCGUGAAAUAGAGGCUAUAAACGGAGCAUGGGCAAUCAUAGGACUCACCACAGGCCUUAUAAUCGAAGCGCAAACAGGGAAGGGUAUCUUGGCUCAGUUGGUUGGUUAUUGGUCUGCGCUUCUGCAUCUAUUCACUCCAUCAACAUAGUACACAAUCCAAACCUGACCAUUUGGUUUACUCUAGUUUCUUCUGAUUUUGUUCAUGUAAGUUGUUUACUAUUCUCUACUCCACAGCUAUGUGUAUGUGCAGAUCCUAAGAAGGAUACACGAUUUAUAUACAGUUAAAAGAAGUGAACCAAUGUUGCAGAUAUGUUUGGUCUAUA